UUCGGGUUCUGAGUUCUGGUUGUGAGUCCAUGUCUAGUUCUGGGUGCUCAGUAUUCAGUAGUCAGUCUUCGGCGCAGCUCGAUAGGGAAAGAUGUGCGCCGGUGGUGGCGAUUGCAGUCCCAUUUCCAUUCCCAACGAUCCAUCGAAUCCAUCGAAUCCAAGGUCGCGGGGAUAAGACGCCCCGAUUGUUUUGGCGCCAUGUGCUGUUGGUGUGCACGUGUCUACUGGACGGUUCUCCACAAUCUCCUCAUUCGCCUGCUGGACAACCUGAUGGAACUGAGAUCCCCCCUCUGCUGUAGCUGCUGUUUCGGUUAUCAAAGGCAGGCCAGUGAAGAGACCAGUGACGUCGCAGAACGGGUUUCCAGCACCGAUGACGAUCAGCCAAAUCAGCAGCCCCAUCAAGAUUACGUCAUUGAGGAUGCCAACUAUGCGGAGAUCGAAGAGCGUCAUGUGGAGAAGGAGCAGUACUACUUCACGGUGGAUCGUCCCGCGGCGGAACGAAUGCUCCAUGGACGCGAAGACGGAUCUUGUUUGGUUCGUCCUUUCAAGGCAGCCGACCAGUGCAUCCGCUAUAUAGUGAGCAUCUGGUCAGCGGAUCAGUUUUAUCACUUAUUUAUUAGACAAGUGGACAGAAGACAGCGGUAUGCCAUUGGCCAAAAGAAAUCCCAGGAACGCUGCUUUGGUUCCCCCUCGGAAAUUGUGGAAUUCUACACGGAACAUCCGCUGCUCUGCACCAACAAAGUCCGCAGUCAGUGCAUCCAGCUGCGGCCCAUCAGUUACGCUUAG